AUGUCAGUGGAUUUCGAGAACGACGUUCUUCUUCUCACUUGUGCGAGUGGCAAGCAAUGCUCUCGGUUGAUUCCUCUCCUCUACAAUCAAUGGAAGCACCUGCGGCUCGUCGUCAACACUGUGUCUUCCGAAGAGUCUCUGAAGACGCAGUGGCCAAAUGCGACAGUUAUGCGAGCUGAUAUGUCCCGUAUCGAAGAUGCACGGCGCUUAUUGUCUGGCGUUACGACCGUGCUCUAUAUUGGACCGUCUGCUCACUGCCAUGAAACUGAAAUGGGCUAUACGAUGAUAGACGCUGCGCGACAGGAAUCCCAAACUGGUACUCUAAAGCACUUCAUCUACUCCUCCGUUCUCCAUCCACAAAUUCGCAAGUUGAUGAAUCAUGAUUGCAAGCGUUACGUGGAAGAAUACCUGAUUGAAUCUUGGCUCAACUAUACCAUUCUUCAGCCGAGUCAUAUUUUAGAUCAGUUUCCGGUGGAGCAAUUGCUGCAAUCAGAAGACCCAGUGUUCCCUGCCAGCUUUGAUCCACAGGUAACAUUCUCCUUUACCGUACUACAGGAUCUAGCGGAAGCAUUCGCACACAUCAUCAACGAGAGAGAGAAGCAUUACCUGGCUGAGUACACGGCUUGUUCCACUGCACCGACCUCGUAUGCCGAUUUAGUUGCAAUGCUGAGCAAGGAGAUCGGCAAGCCCAUUCGGAUCAUACGAAAGGAGUUCUUCGAAUCCGCGGCCCAGUUUCAAAACAUGCUGGCUGGAAAGUACGGAGACGUUCCACCGGGUACUCGCGACACAAUACAUCGACUGCUACUUUACUACAAUUUUUACGGGAUCAAAGGCAACCCGAACGUGCUGGGGUGGUUGAUUGGGCGGACGCCAACAACUGCAAAGGAAUUUUUACGUCAGAAAAUCCUUAAGGUCCAUAACUCUUAA